AUGGCAAAGGACAUGUCGCACCAUCUGUCCAUUGAGUCACUAGCACGCCGUCCAUCUCCCCUGAAAGAGGCGGCCUUGCACAUGAAAGGCGGCUUGAUCAGUCUUGGUGGUGGCUUGCCAGAUCCUUGCUAUUUCCCCUUCAACACCUUAUCUACAACGAUCCCAACCGCAGGCCACUGGCAAGACCCUUCCGCAGAGACGGAAGUGACCAUCCCCCGUCACAGCACAAAGGUAACACUUGAUCUUGCAAAAGCGUUGCAAUACACGCAAGGCACAGGUCAAGCAGCCAUGCUCAAAUUUGCCAGGGAGCACACAGAGAUGAUUCACCACCCACCCUAUGCAGACUGGCAAUGUCUCAUGACUGCGGGAAACACAAACUCAAUUGAUACGUGUCUGCGGUUGUUAUUGAACAGAGGAGAUGCGUUGCUGAUUGAGGAAUAUUCAUUCCCGUCGGUGCUUGAGUGUGCUCGUCCUCAAGGGAUCCACCCAGUUCCCUGCAAGCUUGACGCGUUCGGAAUCUUGCCAGAUAAGCUCGAUGCUCAGCUCGAUGCUUGGAAUGUUGAGCAACAGGGCAAGAAGCCCCAUGUCCUGUAUAUUAUCCCUACAGGUCAGAACCCGACAGGCUCGACUCUGUCUACUGAUCGCCGUCGAGAUCUGUACAAGGUAGCCCAAAAGCAUGACCUUAUCAUCCUUGAGGAUGAGCCCUACUAUUUCUUGCAAAUGCAGGCCUAUUCUGGACCAGACGGCGCGGAAAAGCCAGAACCGGCCAGUGCGACCGAGUUUCUGGAUGGUCUGGUACCUUCCUUGUUAUCCAUGGACGUCGAUGGUCGUGUCUUGCGUCUUGAUUCUUUCUCAAAGGUCAUUGCGCCAGGCUCUCGCUGUGGAUGGUUGACUGGUUCUGCACAGCUCAUGGAGCGUGCACUACGCUGUAACGAAGUCUCCAUCCAAUGUCCCUCAGGAUUCUCACAAGCAUUGCUGGUCAUGUUGCUUGAAUCUUGGGGCCACGCCGGGUACCUUAGUUGGCUUGUCCACAUGCGAUCCGAGUACACGCGUCGACGCAAUGCACUCUUGGACGCUAUGGAGAAGUCGCUACCAAAGGAAUACGUGCACUGGCACGCACCCGAGGCUGGCAUGUUUGUGUGGAUGGAGAUUCAGUAUAAGCAACACCCUCGAUUCCAGGAACUUGGCAUUGAUGCUCUGGAGAAGGAACUCUACAUGGGUGCUAUUGCUGAGGAAGUACUAGUCGCGCAGGGAUCCUGGUUCAUCAGUGACCGGGACAGCCCACGCCCCGGUCUUUUCUUCAGAGCAACCUUUGCAAGUGCUUCACUGGAGAACAUGCAGGUGGCCGUGCAGCGCUUUGCGGAUUCGUUGAGAAAGAGCUUUCAGCAGGAUGCUUCUGCCUCUUUGGAAGCGCCUGAGGCUUCUUGA